CCCACAUAACCACAGUGCUUUAGUGAAUGAUGUGUGGAUGAUAAAAAGAAGAGCUGCACAGCCAAUCACAGACUGAGUUAUAUUAAUCCCAGCUUGUUGAAUUUCACUCUUCUGCAGGGGACCCGCUAUACCUUCUCUAGGAUUAGCUUAUAUAUUUUUGGUGGAUGGAUUCCUCUGUGUAAAGUAGCUGGUUCUAAACACACUGCUGCAUACAAUAAUCUCCACUAGCUGACUUGCCAAAGGGAUGAGUUGGUGUUAUUAGCCCAUCCACUCCUGUCGAACAGGUGCCUGGCUCUGUUGAAGGUGAUUGUGCCAGUCAUCUGUUCCAUGAGUUGCAUGGAGUGACCCAGUUCCAUCAAGGGUCUCCAUUAUUGUCUCGCCUGGUGCAUAUGGGAGGAUUUCAUUUUAUUUUUACCCCAGUGCAUCACUCUGCUUGGACAUACAGGGACGAAUCCUAAAAGGAUUGCCCGCAGUUGCCGAAUAAAAGUGAAUAUAUGCCUCUGUACUCUUGUGUUGAAAGUUCAUUUUAAAUCAAUUAACACAAAUAUAACAUUGCUGGUAGAACGUUGUGAUGCUCCAGGUCCACCCAGGAUCGGGAUACUCACCGCUAGAAGAUGAUGAAGACGUGUAUGCACACAAUAGAUAUAAAGAUACACCAUGGUGCUCUCCUAUCAAGGUGAAAUACGGCUAUGCCAGCUGCAGAAGCCCUCGCGGAGGGUAUUAUAAAAACGUCUUGGGAACGAAAUGCGACAUUCGAUGCCAGAAGGGCUAUGAGCUGCACGGUCCCCAGGAGCUUAUGUGUCAGUCAAACAAACGCUGGUCUGGCAAAGUUUUGUGCAAACAAAAACGUUGCCCAACCCUUUCGAUGCCAGGUAACGGAGGAUUCAAGUGUUUAGAUGGUGCAUAUUAUAACUCCAGGUGUGAGUAUUAUUGUUCGCCAGGAUACCAAUUAAAAGGAGACCGAAUAGUACAAUGUAUGGAUAACAAACUUUGGAGUGGACGGCCAGCUUCUUGUGUUGAUAUGGAGCCGCCUAGAAUCCAGUGCCCAAGUGUAAAGGAGAAAACAGCAGAGCCCAAUAAACUGACAGCCAGAGUGUUCUGGGAAACCCCAGAGGGAAGGGACACUGCAGAUGGCAUUUUGACAGACGUUAUUUUGAAAGGACUACCACCAGGAUCACAUUUUUCAGAGGGAGAUCACAAGAUCCACUACACUGUGUUUGACAGAGCCGGGAAUAAGGGAACGUGCAGAUUUUAUGUUAAAGUUAAAGUCAGACGCUGCGGGAAACUGAAUGCUCCAGAAAACGGCUACAUAAAAUGUUCUGGUGACGGGGAUAAUUAUGGCGCAACCUGUGAAUUUUCCUGCAUCGGUGGAUAUGAAUUGCAGGGAAGUCCAGCACGAGUUUGUCAGUACAAUUUAGGCUGGUCAGGAACGGAGCCAACCUGUACACCCAUGAACAUUAAUGUUGGUGUGAGGACUGCAGCAGCCCUCCUGGACCAGUUUUAUGAGAAACGGAGGCUGCUCAUUAUAUCCACUCCGACUGCAGCCAAUUACUUCUAUAGAUUGCAAUUGGGAAUGCUGCAGCCAGCGCUGUGUGGUUUAGAUCUCCGGCACGUGACCGUGAUUGAGUUGGUUGGAGUCUAUCCAGCACAGCUGGGAAGAAUAGGCUUGAGACUGAUGCCUCCUGCGCUGGCUUUGCAACUCAGGUUGUUGCUCCGCAUUCCCCACUAUAACUUCAAUAUGGUGGUGGUUGAUAAACAUGGUGUGGACAAAGAACGAUAUCCUUUCCCAGCGACUCCUGCUGAGCUCUUUGCUCUCAUUGAUACUUUUCCUUUGAGAAAAGAAGAAAUGAAACUGCAAGCAGAAGCUGGCCAGUCCUGUCCCUGAGUCUGGACUACAGCCAUUCGCGUGGCGGUAUGUUGCUGCCCUCCCUGCCCCUCCGGUGCUACUACACAAAGCAUGGUAUUAUGGAAGUCACUGAUGUACAGAUUCUUUUUUUAAAAAAAAAUGAAUGUAUGUUUGUGUUUAGCUUUGUGUGUGUGUGUUGUGGAGCUUCCUUUAUUUAGCAUUUUACAUAAUGCCUCUUCACUAUUUCCAGAGAUUUCUAAGAAAAUCUAUAGAAGAGAAUGAAAAUAUCAAAUUACCUUGGUUAGGUUUCCAGGAAUGCCUUUGAACGUUGCUCCUUGUGUAAAUGUUUCCUUUUCUUUUUACAGAUCUUUAAUAAAUAUGUUGUUUUGCA